CAUAAAGCUUACACUCUACUCUUGAGGAUCAGUGUUGUCUGAACUCGUCUUACCAAGUGAGCCAUGGCUUCCACAAUCUCCCCAGCGCUACUCCAAACCCUCUCGCUACGCCGUGCGCGCAGUGCGCCCCAUACGUUCUGCCAGGCGCACGUUUCUAAACCUGCGCGGGCGCCUCGCGCAACUGCCGUUCACGCAGGCAGGAGACAGCUGGUGUUUCUGCUGACGGCGUCGACGGCUCUGGCGGCGAGAGAAUCUCCGUCGAUUGCGCAGGACAUUCCGUUGUUCGGCUUGAGGAAGAAGCUGAGGAAGGCGGAGGAGGAAGUGGAGGAGAUCGUGAGGGAAGGGUUCGUUGCGGCGGAGGAGGGGAUCGAGACCGUUGAGAAAGGAAUUGUGACGGCGGAGAAGGGAAUCGAAAGGGCGGAGAAGGGGAUCGAGACGGCGGAGAGGGAGAUCGAAACGGCGGUGAGCUUCGGGGGGCUGGCGCAGGCGGGAGUGGUGGCGGGAGCGGAGGUUGUGGGGAUUUUGGUUGCUACUUCGAUUGUGAAUGGAAUAUUGGGGCCCGAGGGUCAAAAGUCUUACUAGUAGCCAACUGUUGGUGAUUGGUUCUAUCUUGGUUAUAAAAAUUCCUGGAUUUUGUAUUUGAAUCUGGCAUUUUGGUUGCACAGACUGUUGGGUAACACUUAUUAAUAAGAUUAAUUGGGUGUAUAUCCUCUAUGUUUUUGGAUUAAGAAA